GACGCGCUGUCUGGAAGAGCAGUUCUCGCGUAGUGUCGCCAGCGGAAUCCGCGCGUGAGCACUGCACUCACAGCUGUUGCCCCCCCCCCGCGAGAGCGGACAGCGCGCGACUCUGUGAGUGGCGCGCGAAGGAGAACGGUUCCGCGAAGUGUCUCAGCGGUCGUGUGUUUCUCUGCCAUCAUCCUGUACAAAAACCCCCUAAAGAUUCCCCCAGUCACUGCGCUGUUGGGCUCCGGGAGGCGCGUUCCGCCGCCAUCCUUUCACGAGGCUGUUUUUAUAAAAUGAAAGUGAUUUGAACUGAAGAGGUGUGACGUUGUUUAGAUACUCGAGGUGAGUGAAGAAGAGAAGAAGGAAACAAAUUGAAAGUACAUCGGACAGCACCGUCUGGAAUGGCACUGGCGUGAGCUGAGCUUACUGAGAAAACCUCUCCGUUACCAUAAAAAUACCGUGAAUAACAUGGGUAUGUUUGAGACAGGGAGUCUUUACACGACGUGUUUCCUCCUGAUGGCUGGACACACGUGUCUUCUUUUUGCCGGUUGCGCACCUCUACAUGCAGGUGAUGAUGCCUUCUCCAUCCAUCACGUGGGCUCUGGUCGCUGUCUUGAGUCUAGUGGCCUGAACCUGGGCAUGGGGGACUGCUCUGGUUCCUUGGAACAGCAGUGGAAAUGGGGCUUUGGCCACCGACUCUUCCACGUGGCCACUGCCCAGUGCCUUGGCCUACAGGUGCCCUCGAAGACCUUGGCUCUGCUCGACUGCGACUCGACUCGGGAUGUACUCUGGUGGCGCUGUGCUCACGGGAUCAUCCGCACAGCCUACCAGCUGUCCCUCUCUGCCGGCAACGGCACCGUCAGUGCCUGGCUGAACUCCCAGGACAGUUGGACGAGGCACAAUUCAUCAGACAAUAUCUGCCGGCAACCUUACCGGGUUAUACACACCACCAUGGGGAAUUCCUUCGGAGCGCCGUGUCAAUUUCCAUUCCGCCACAAUGGCAGCUGGCAUCACGGUUGUGUCUCAGGAGGGCAGGAGAAAGAAUUCUCCUGGUGCGCCACCACCCACGAUUACGAUGGGGAUCGCAAGUGGGGCUAUUGUCUGAAGCCUGAGCCAUUCUGUUCAUCCUUGUGGGAGAAUCCUGGCUGGGGGAGCUGUUACCAGUACAACCUACAGUCAGCUCUGCCAUGGCGCGAAGCCCGCGCCUCUUGCCUCAGUCAGGGAGGAGACCUGCUCAGCUUCUCCAGCCUCAACGAGUCUGCCUUUAUAGCUGCUCAAACAGGAUUGCCUAACCAGAUGUGGAUUGGACUGAACCAGCUAGACACGGCUCAGGGGUGGCAGUGGUCCGAUGGCUCCCCCCUCUCAUUUGUUAAAUGGAAUGAAGGGAUGCCCUUUACUUCUGUCUUGCAAGAGGCUGAUUGCGCUGCGAUGAACUCCCAGGGUUUGUGGGAGAGCGAGGCUUGUGGAUUGAGGCUUCCAUAUAUCUGCAAGAAAUAUCUAAACCAAACUGAGCAGCAGUCAGCUGAUAUAUGGCUGGACGGGUCAACUUCUUGUGAGUCUGGCUGGAAACCCUGGAAUGGCUUCUGCUACCAGUUAGUGAAGGACCCAUGUAGGCCUAUGCUGGAGGCCCAGCAGUACUGCGAAGCAUCUGGGGGGGCCCUGAUCAGUAUGCACAGCCUUGUCGACGUGGAAGCAAUCAACAUGGGGUUUCAUGACAGUACAGACCAAGAGCUGGAGGUCUGGACUGGCCUAAGGAGUAAGGAGAAACAAGCCCUUUUCUACUGGACUGACAAUUCUUCAGUGUCCUUCACGUACUGGGCCAGAGAUGAACCUCAGAUUCCUUCUGAAAGCAAGCCAAACUGUGUUUCCUACUUUGGGCAGUACCACCUCUGGAGGGUCAGUCCAUGUGAAAAAGAACUGCCUUUUGUGUGCAAGAAGAAAGGAAAUGUGAAGGAAAUCAUUAAAAAAGCAGGAUGUCCAGAGGAUGGCGACUGGAAGAGACAUGGUAACGCAUGUUAUAAGGUGGACACUGAAGAAGUUCUGUUUCAGGACAGGUGUGACCUCACAAUAAUGAACAGAUUUGAGCAGCUGUUCAUUAACAGUCUUAUUAAAGACCAUAUUACUACUAAAACCCUAUAUUUUUGGAUGGGACUCCAGGACAUAAAUGGUACUGGAGAAUUUCACUGGAUUACCAGGAACGGUCAAAGUAAAGGUGUUCCUUACACCAACUGGAAUAGGUUUGAACCAGAACUAGCUGGAGGAUGUGUUGUAAUGUCCACUGCCCAACCCUUGGGAAAAUGGGAAGUGAAAGACUGUGAGCUCUUUAAAGCUGGCUCCAUCUGCAAGACGUCUAUUGGGCCUCAGGUGGAACCAGAUGCAGAACCAGACCUAAGCCUCCCCUGCCCCCCUGGAUGGGUGACCCAUCCUGAUGUCCACUACUGCUACAAAGUGUUCCAUGAGGAGCGGCUGAGCCGGAAACGAACCUGGGGGGAGGCUGAACGGUUCUGUGAGGCCCUGGGUGCUCACUUAGUCAGCCUCAGCCACAAAAAUGAGAUGCAAGCCCUUCAGUCCGUCAUUUCGGAGACUGUCAGCAAUGAGCGGUAUUUCUGGGUUGGCCUGAACCGAAGAGGUACGGAAUCUGGCGAUGCUUGGGAGUGGAGUGAUGGAAGAGCAGUGUCUGCUGACAUUUUCUCGAGCGAGUUCCAUGAGGAUGAUGAGUACAGCAGGGAUUGUGCAGCCUUUAAGGUUGAAGUAAGGCCUCACAGAAGGAGGUAUUUCCUGCAUGCAGUGCACGAUGUGAUUAAGAAGCCUUUCUAUGCCAUCCGUUUCCGCUGCGACGCUCAGCUGGAGUGGGUCUGUCAGAUUCCUAGAGGAAAGAAAGAGACAGUUCCUGAUUGGUAUAAUCCAAACACCCAUCAUGAGUCUUCGAUAUUUGUGGAUGGCAGUGAGUUCUGGUUCGUGACGAACCCAAAGCUUACCUACGAUGAAGCCAGAGAGUUCUGCUGGAGCAAGGGCAGCAAGCUGGCAACUCCAAUGACAUAUGAUGCGGCAAAACAGAUCAGAGAAAAACUAUCUGAGCUUACAGAAAACAACAAGGGGUCACUCUGGUGGGUAGAUGUGCAAGUACUUGGUUACCUCUAUCCCCUGAGGUUAAUUUCAAUGGACCGUUGCUAUGCAAUGAAUACAUUGUACAUGACUCCAGUCCACACAUACACGUGCAAGGGGCGCUUUCCAUUUGUGUGUGAGAGACUCAAAACCACGUCUUUGGAAAAGCAUCCCCUGCCGGCCAUCCCCAUUGGGUUGCCAUGUGAUAAUGGAUUCCUGACCUUUGGAAACAAGUGCUACAUGGUGAUCAAGCCCCUGUACGUGUCGUUUGCCAAAGCCAGUGAGCAUUGCCACACACUAGGAGGAACUCUCCUUACCAUCGCAAAUCAAGUGGAGCAGGACUUUGUCACAUCCCUUCUAUCUGAGCUGUCCAGGAAGUUCUGGAUUGGACUGGAGAUCAAAGAAACAGGCAUGGAGUGGGUUGACAAUUCUACUUUUACUUUCCACAACUUUAACCCCCUUGUGCAUGGCCAAUACAGACCUGUGAGGAAAGGUAUAUAUUACCCAAAAGCACUGGAGCAGUGCGCCUACAUGAUCAAUGACCCCCAUCCUGCAAUGACGGGCACUUGGGACUACACAUCCUGUAUGGACUACCAAUACAUCUCUAUCUGUCAGCAUUACGCAGACAAGCCAGAGAGUCCUCACAUUCCUGCGAGCAACUUUACAGUCGGCAGCCAUACGUACAGAAUCAUACAGAAGAAUGUAACAUGGUUUGAAGCCUUGCAGCUGUGCAAGGAGGCAGGCAUGGAUCUGGUCAGCGUGACAGAUACCUACCAGCAGGCUGCCCUCACCGUGGCCGCGAGUAGAGCCAGCCACUCCGUGUGGAUCGGCCUGUUCAGCGAAGAUGAUGGAUUCCACUACAGAUGGACAGACCACAGCCACGUCAUGUUCAGCCGCUGGUCUCCCAAGCCCACUGUUGGGCAGUGUGUGUACCAGGACACUGAUGGCUUUUGGAAAGCCACAGAGUGUGAGGAGGUGCUAAAAGGAGCAAUCUGCCAGAUCCCACAGAGUGAAACCACCCUAAAGCCAGAAAAGAACCUUGUAAAAUGUCCUCACAAAAUCAAUGGGCUAAACUGGAUUCCCUUCAGGAACAAUUGCUAUGCCUUCCAGUUGGACUCUUCACGAUGGGAGAGCUUCACAAAUGUUCGAGACAUAUGCAAAAAAUUUGACAGUGAUUCAGACAUUCUUACCAUCCGGGAUGAAAUGGAGAAUGAGUUUGUGAAGGAGCAGCUGCUCCCUUUCAAGGACUUGGCUCAUUUUGUGUGGCUUGGAAUAUUCAGAGAUGAAAAUGUUAAUCGGAUGAAAUGGUACGACGGUACUAAUGUCCAAUACUCAAACUGGAGGGAUGGAAGGCCAUCUGUAACAAAGUCAUUCAUGGCAGGGCUUGGCUUGGACGGAGUCUGGGAAAUAUUCGCUGAUGAAAACUUUUUUUCACCUUUUCAGCAAAGAAGUAUUGUGGCCUGUAAAAUUGACAAUGACCCAAAGGAGGAAUUUCAGAAAUCACCGAAUGAUGUGGGAGUCUAUGGAAACUCGAGCUACUACAUUAUCGAGAGACAGCUCGCAUGGUUCGAUGCUGUGCGUGCAUGCAGGAGUGCUGGUGGCCACCUGGCCAGCGCCCAUGACUUUGCUCAUGAUGCCCACCUGGAACUGAUGUCCAAGAAAGAUGGCUUCCCGCUCUGGAUUGGCCUGUCUACUCAGGAUAUGGGCAGCUCGUACGAGUGGUCUGACGGGACCAGUUAUGACUACACGCCUGGAAGCUUUGUGAGCUCAGACUCCAAAGGCGACUGUGUAUUUGUGAACACGAAGGGCUUGUGGCAGCGAGCAAACUGCAGCUCCAAACAGGAAGGAGCCAUUUGUUAUAACUCCACUGUUCAGACAGAAAAAAGUGUCUGUCCACAGGCUUCUGUCCUCCCUGUGUCCAGAAAUUGUCCCCAGGGAGGCACUUCAAAGUGGAUAGAAUACAAUGGCCACUGCUAUACAGUCGACAUGCCUUCCUUUGUGUACACCAUGAAGGAAGCCAAGUCCAUUUGCAGGACUCUCGAUGAUUCAUCACAGCUCCUGACCAUAAAGAGCAAGGAAGAAAACAACUUUGUCUCUGGAUGCUUAUCUGAGAAUCCCCUCAUCACCGAUCGGAUUUGGCUUGGCAUAGAUUUGGACCACCAAGGUCAACCAAUGGCCUGGGUAGAUGGCACCAGUGUGGCAUUGUCAUUCUGGGAAACCCAAACAGAACCCUCUAACCAAGCCGCACUCAGAUGCGUAGUCAUGCAGGCUGGGAAGGGAGGCGUGUGGUCAUAUGUGAGCUGCGAAGACACUCGCAGCCGGGUUGUCUGCAAAGGCCCAAGCCGGGCAAGAGGUACAAAAGUAGUCUUGGCCUUCUUUUUCAUCAUUGUCUUCAUAUGUAUCACCACAGUAAUGAUUGUAAUAUGCAGGAGAAACAGAGCACGCUUUAUUUCAACUGUGCAGUACAGAAGGAGUUUAGAUGAAGACAGCAGUAGCAUCAUAACCCAGACAGAGUAAAUGCUAUUCCAUGGCUUUGUGCGCUUUUACAUUUUGCACCUUCUCAAAGUUUAAAACACAAAUGUUAACACACAAUAUUUGAGUUUUAAAUGGAAAUAGUCCAAAAUGUGCAGAUGCUGACAACGAGCAUUGGUGCAGAGUCCAUGUAAAUAUCUUGUGCACCCUAACCUGUACACUUUAUGUGCUUUAUGAUAUCAGGGAUUCUUCUGCAUACUUAUAAAUUACAGGUAUCUUUUAACGUAAUUUUUCUGACAGAUAAAGGGUAUCUUUUAAUGUGUACUUCAGAUUAUGCCGAUUAUGCUGUCUGAAAAUGCUAGUCAUGCUGGUUUUCAUUUUAACUUAAACUUGAAAAUUAAAGCACUCUUCUUAUCAAGACAGGCUUUACUUUUGUAAAGAAAUUGUUGUACUAUAGGAAACUGCUGUGAUUUGGUAACACUGCUUUAUUUUACAUUUAUUUUACAAUACAUGUAGGUCAUGGAUUUGUGCCAGGUCAUAAUCAGCACUUUUGUAAUGCGUUUCUUUUCAUUGGAGCUAAAUAUAAUUUGUCAUAUAGUUUUUCCUGACUGCUGAGAACUGGAGUACAAAUGGCUCUGUUGUAUAGCACAUAAAUUGCACUAUUGUGCCGUACUGUUCAAACUGUUCUGCAAGCAUGUUGUAAAAUUUGUAAAUAUUUAAAUUGUUCUAUUGGAAUUUAAAAUUUGUUCAGAAGUUGUUAAA